GGAAAAUUCAUUUGGUAAUCGUCAUUUCCCUUUCAUUUCAUUUUCAUUUUGCUCCUUCGAACUCAACUUCCUGUUCUAUAUAGCUCGGAAAUGGCUUCUCAAAUCUCGUUUUUCCAGUUGAAUACUGGGGCUAAAAUCCCCUCCGUUGGACUCGGAACUUGGCAAGCAACUGAAGGUCUCGUCACUGACGCCAUUGCUGCCGCCCUCAAGGUCGGGUAUCGCCAUAUUGAUUGUGCUCAACUGUAUGGCAACGAGAGAGAGAUUGGUUCAGUUCUCAAAAUGCUUUUUGAAGAUGGUGUCGUUAAGCGUGAGGAUUUGUUUAUCACUUCCAAACUCUGGUGUACUGAUCAUUCUCCAGAAGACGUUCCUACAGCAUUUGACAGAACCUUGAAAGAUUUGCAGCUUGAUUAUAUUGAUCUAUACCUUAUUCAUUGGCCAGUUCGGAUGAAGCAUGGAUCUACUGGUUUUGCUCCUGAAAACGUUGUUGCGCCAGACAUACCAAGCACAUGGAGAGCCAUGGAAGCACUCUUUGAUUCUGGAAAAGCUCGAGCUAUUGGUGUAAGCAAUUUCACAACCAAGAAACUUGGAGAUUUGCUAGAGGUAGCUCGUAUUCCUCCGGCUGUCAAUCAGGUGGAGUGUCACCCAUCAUGGCAGCAAGACAAAUUACAUGAAUAUUGUAAAUCAAAAGGAGUUCAUUUAAGUGGAUACUCUCCAUUGGGUUCACGUGGGACAACUUGGUUCAAGAGUGGGGAUAUUCUUCAAAAUCCGAUUCUUAAAGAGAUUGCUGAUAAACUUGGUAAGACUCCUGCACAAGUUGCCCUUCGCUGGGGACUACAAAAGGGUCAUAGUGUACUUCCAAAAAGUAUUUCCGAGUCGAGGAUCAAAGAGAAUUUCGACAUUUUCGAUUGGUCCAUACCUGAAGAUUUGUUUGCUAAGUUUUCUGAGUUCCAUCAGGCAAGGAUUGUCUUAGGAACCAUAUUUACGAAUGAGAAUGGUGUGUAUCGAACGGUUGAGGAAUUAUGGGAUGGAGAGAUCUAAAUGUGUUUGCUAUCAUAGCGGGGGUAUUUUUCGGUACAAUGGUUGUAUGAAAAUAAUUCAAGCUCUUAAAUAGUCAACGUGGGAACUUCAGGCCGUAGGUUUCAUUUCAAGUCUAAUAGAGUUUUAUUCUGUUUUAUUGGGUUUCUUCUCCUUGUAGAUGUCGUCUAGUCUUAAAAGUAUAUGUUUGGAGGUGCCUUAAAGUUUGAGUAUGUUGUAUUGUAUGUUCGAAAUAGACUCAUUACUGUUGGCGGAAGGGAAGUAGAGAUUCUGAGACUGAACUCGGACCAUUGCGUUGGCUCCAAUGAUUUUAUUCUCCACAUCGAACCAAGUGAUAGGAAGUGAUUGAAAGAUUGAAGGAUAUAACAUUCCAAUUGAAGGAGAAUGAUUUUGGCAUACAGUGUGUUAGUAACCACUAAGUCUGUGGUCCGAAUCCCUCUAUCCCUAGUUGUAUUAAAACAAAUUUGAAAGAGAACUCCAAUUACACAACUAUAUAUAUAUUUUUUUUUUCAGUGAUGUCAAAUUGUAAAAUGGUCGGAUUUAUUAGGUUGAACAAUUAUGUGUGAAUUUGAAUUCUGUUUUUUAAAGUUA